GGAACGAAUCUGACGUGGCAACUCUCUCUCUCUCUCUAAAAUUACAAAAGCUAGUUCUCUUUGUUUCUCUCUCUAAAAGCCGAGAGCUGUUUUAAUUGCUUGCUUUUUGAGCUUCCCAUCUGGAGAUUCUUCCAUUCAUUGACCAUUCAUCUCUCUCUAUUAUUUGUCAUAUAUAAAUAAAACCCAUUGCCUCUCUGUGUUUCUUGCUCUGUAAACCAUCUCUAAUUCAGAGCCCGAAUUUUGAGUUUUUUUUUAUCAAUCAUUUCUUUAAAUUUCCGUUUCUUGGCCGGAGCUUAAAAUCUUUUGAUUUCUUUCUUGGCUUCUUGGAUUUGAUAAUGCAGAUUCUUGGUGUUUCUUGAUUCCUCCCAUUUUCUUGUUUUUUUUUUCUUUCUAAAUAUUUAAAGAAACCCAAAGAAUCUAAUUCAAACUUCAAACCAAGAACCCAAAUUUUUUUCUUCUUCAAGAGAUCAAACAUGUUAGACGGAUUGUUGAAAUCUAAAUUCCAUACAAGAUGCAAGUCGCUGAUAAAGAUGACGAAGACACGACUGGACGUGUUAAAGAAGAAGAAAUGCUCUGUUAUUAAGUUCUUGAGGAAUGAUAUGGCUGAUCUUCUCAGAAAUGGUCUUGAUUAUAAUGCCUUUUGCAGGGCUGAAGGACUUCUGGUGGAGCAGAAAAUGAUAGCUUGUUACAAUUUCAUUGAACAAUUUAGUUCAUGUAUCUCAACCAAUGUUACAUCCAUGGCUAAACAGAGGGAAUGCCCUGAGGAAUGCAGAGAAGCUGUCCAAUCCUUAAUAUAUGCUGCAGCAAGAAUUGCUGAAUUAACCGAGCUACGCGAUCUUCGAAGUCUGUUCACGGAUCGAUAUGGGUGCCUCGAAGCUUUUAUCAAUAAAGAGUUUGUUGAGACAUUGAAGCCAACAGCGACCACAAAGGAGAUGAAACUUCAAUUGCUGCAUGAUAUAGCAUCAGAUUUCAAUAUAGAAUGGAAUUCCAAAUCAUUGGAGCAAAAACUCUUUAUACCACCUUCUGCUCAUCAAGACCAGCAUAAGCAUGAGAGUUUAAGAGAUGCUGAUGAUUCUCCACCGAAAACGAAUAAAAGGGGACUUGCAUCUCAUAAAAGCAAGACUAACAUUGAUGAGAAAUACAAUCUGGCAAGCAGUGAAGAUGAUAGCUUACAAGCUGCAGGUUCCAGUUCAGUAGGAAGUGUUUCGGAGGAUGAAAUUGAUAGCCGAAAGCCGUUUAACUACAGAAUCAUCCCUCCCCCUUAUGUUAGACCACAAGUUUCAAAACAAGAAAGCAAGAUUGAACCUCCUAAUUCUGAACCAAAUGACAAUUUUGUCUCAGAAGAAACUACUCAUCAGGAUAAUUUAGGUGAUAAAACUAAGCUGAAACCCAAAUCAGUCCGACGAAAACCAAUGCAGUCAGCUCAGGAAAAUAUCAGUAGUGUUGAUCAUAGGCCAUUGAAGCCACCGCCAGGCCGCGAAAAGUUUCUUAAAAAUAUGGGAUCAGGUGUUGGGUGGUUCAGCAAGAAUAAUGCAAGUGCACUGAACGAUUUAGAAAAUGGUGAUGAUAAAAUUGACGAGGAGGAAAAGAUGCUCGAUGGACUGUUGAUGCAUUACUGCAAGGACAAAGCGAAACCAAUUAAUGAUGAUGAGAAUGUCGAUUCAGGCUUGGUACGAAAUGCAAAAUCCGACUCUGAAUUACGUGUUCUUCAAGGCAGAGAAGCGGAACGAGCAACUGCUAACAAGGCAAGAACAACGACAAGGCAUAGUCGGGCAGUUUCAUUGCAGCCGGAGACAGGGAACGGACAUGUACACCCUAAAAUGCCCGACUGUGAUGAUAUAGCAGCUCGUAUUGCAGCUUUUAGAGCAAGAUAAAACAAAUAUUAGGAGUUUGUUAUAGUUAUUUGAGUGUUUUAGUUUUAUAAAUGUGUUGAUUUCUAUAUGGUAACAAAUGCUAUACGUGUGUUAAUAGCUAUUAAUUACACUAACUUUCAA